GUGACACCUAUUCUACUCAAGACCAAGCACCUUCCAGCGAUUCAGGAACGCUUGAGGUAGUACCCAGUUUAAUCUUCUUCCGUGUGCUAGGCCGUCCAUGCUGAAUCUGCAAUCUUAGCUUAUUUUCCACAUCCAGCAACAACAGCGGCGAACCGCAUCGUCAUUCGGCCAUUCGGCCGUUCUCCUUUUCCGUGUGCUAGGUCGUCCCUGCUGAAUCUAGAAUCUUAGCGUAUUUUCCACAUCCAAAAACAGCAGCGGCUUCUCUUAUCCAUUCAUCAAACAAAGGAGCUUAUCUUGUUCAUCUAUUAUAAGCAUUGGCAGCAUACGCGUACUGUAAUCAGGAUCCGUCACCUUGCAAAAUAAAAGUAUUGUGCAAAAAAGUUGGCGCAUUUGAGGAGCGGAGGCCCAAUGGGAUGCUUCCUUGAUGCAGUCAUCCCACUCUUUGUCGUCAUUAAGUAGCCCAAGAGCAUAACAUGCGGAUUUGUAUGUUGGAUGUACAACCCCAUCAACUGUUCGUAUUUCUUCAUAUGAUCUGCAUCCUUUCACGGUCCAUUUGUUUGGAAACUCUGCAUAUGUCAAACUGCGAGCUUCCCCAUGCAACUGGUGAAAUUGUAACCUUUCAACCGCAGGCUCUCUAUACUGAAGAGGAAACUAAAAUAUGCGCCAUGCGGCCUCACAUCGAGAUAUGUAGCGGGCAUCAAGGUUUCUGGCCUGGAAUCAGAUCCAACAUUUCUUGUAUUGCCGGCCAUUUCGAAUUGCAUGUAAAAGUGAUGAAGAGAUCAGGAUAUCCAGCCCAACGACAAAUCUCGCCAUGGCAUCUUGGUAGUUUUGCUGUUUAUUUCUCGGACUACCAUUAUAUGAUGAGGUGCGUGUUCGAAGCAUGUUAACUGUGGCCAGCGAAUCCUGAAAUAAAUGAGGCACCACACUGUUCUCAAGGAUGCUGAAGUUAUUUGUACGGAAGAAUCAGUUUCCGGAUAAGAUUCUUUUUCCUAUGGAUUGUUUUCAAACAAAGGAUUUAAAUCAUCUAAAAUCAUUGUUCUAUUGUCAAAGAAGGUUACAUGUGUUGUCACCUUGUAAGGAGAGGACGUAUAUGCUCUGUAUUUGGAGAUCUAAAUUUCAAGUUUAUCGUUGAUUUCUCUCUAUAAUUUCUGUUAAUACAGAGCAUGUGUAAUGAGAUCGGAGAGCUGGUGCAUGUAUUUAAUCAUGGAAGGAGACAUGCAUGUAUUUGUGGAAGGAGUUAAUGAACAUUACCUGCAAGUAGGACGUAUAUGCUCUGUAUUUGGAGAUAUCGUUGAUUUCUCUCUAUAAUUUCUGUUAA